GGCGCCUGCGCAGUGGGGCGGUGCCGGGGGCGGGGCGCGGCGGCUGUCAGCUGACUGUGGCGGCGGCGGCGGCGUCGAGGUGACAACCGUCCCCGUCACAGGCUCCGGCGGGGGCGCAGGAGGUCGCCCGGCGCGUCAUUCCCGGGUCGGCGAGGCCCACGGCCGGCCGCAGCACCAUGGCGACCACCGUCAGCACUCAACGCGGGCCGGUGUACAUCGGUGAGCUCCCUCAGGACUUCCUCCGCAUCACACCCACUCAGCAGCAGCGGCAGGUCCAGCUGGAUGCGCAGGCGGCCCAGCAGCUGCAGUACGGAGGCGCCGUGGGCACCGUGGGCCGGCUCAACAUCACCGUGGUCCAGGCAAAGCUGGCCAAGAAUUACGGUAUGACCCGCAUGGACCCCUACUGCCGCCUGCGCCUGGGCUACGCGGUAUACGAGACGCCCACGGCACACAACGGUGCGAAGAGCCCCCGCUGGAACAAGGUCAUCCACUGCACAGUGCCCCCGGGCGUGGACUCCUUCUAUCUGGAGAUCUUCGACGAGAGAGCCUUCUCCAUGGACGACCGCAUCGCCUGGACCCACAUCACCAUCCCUGAGUCCCUGCGGCAGGGCAAGGUGGAGGACAAGUGGUACAGCCUGAGCGGGAGGCAGGGGGAUGACAAGGAAGGCAUGAUCAACCUCGUCAUGUCCUAUGCGCUGCUGCCAGCUGCCAUGGUGAUGCCACCCCAGCCCGUGGUCCUGAUGCCAACGGUGUACCAGCAGGGCGUUGGCUACGUGCCCAUCACAGGGAUGCCUGCUGUCUGCAGCCCCGGCAUGGUGCCCGUGGCCCUGCCCCCAGCCGCUGUGAACACCCAGCCCCGCUAUAGCGAGGAGGACCUCAAAGCCAUCCAGGACGUGUUCCCCAACAUGGAGCAGGAGGUGAUCCGCUCUGUGCUGGAAGCCCAGCAAGGGAACAAGGACGCCGCCAUCAACUCCCUGCUGCAGAUGGGGGAGGAGCCGUAGAGCCCCCGCCUUGCUGCCUGUUGCCCAGCUCUGUUGCCGGCCUGGUUUCCCCCAAGGAAUGUUGUCCCACCAAGAUUUCCAUGAAAGAGCACCUGUGUCGCCCCUCCACAGCCACGUCUGUGCCACCCCGUCCACACCUGUUCUGGGGAUGCAUGUGGAUUGUCAGUUCCCGGCGGCCCAGGACUGGGUGGGGCUCCCCUCUCGUCUUGUGUUGGGGGUUCUCGGCGUGCUCCUGUCCCCGGGACGUGCGUCUCCCCUUCUCUGCUGUUCUGGAAAAUGGUCUUGCUGUCGAGAGCAGCUGCUUCUGCCAGGGUGUUGGGUGCUGGAGGCUGUCGGGCGCCUGCCUGUCUGAUUCGAUUCAUGGCAUUAUGUUACGUGACAGUUGGAAUAGAGCUGUUCAUGUAAGGCAUACACAAUCCGUCAUACUGAUUUGUGGGUGUUUUUUAGAACUUCCCAGUCAAAAACUCAAGCCCUUGCCCUGACGUGCUUUGCUGUGAGCCUGGCCCCUGCCCAGGGCUUGGGUCUGGUGAGCGGAGCCACUUCUUCCUGUGGAUGGCCUUUGGCCUCGCUCAUCUGGUCACUGUCCAGCCAGCCUGUGACAGACUGCGGCCUGAAGGCAAGAUGAACCCCCACCUGGCGUGAGGAAGGGAGCCUGGCACAGCCACCCAGGCGCUGCCUGAUUGCCAGCCAGCAGGCAUCUGAAGCAGGGCCCUUCGCCCGCCAGAGGCUGCUGUCCGUCUCCUGCCACACUCAUGCCGGCUACCGGGGGGUCUCUUUUCAACAGGCCUUGCAAGGGUGGGCUGGGAGGUGAUAGAGGCAGCACUGUGCAUGUUUCUGAGAGGGCAUCGUGGCACUGCCAGCCGACUGCUGACGACGGCCUGGGUUCAGUGUGGCGAGGGAGGCCUGGCAAAUGUGGCACUGGAAGGCUUUCUGAGGCACGAGGGUACCUCCGCCUGCCUGGGCUCUGUGUGCGGCAUCUUGGCUCACAGGACAGAUUAGAGGAUGAAAAUCAGAAAUUCCAAAGCUUCUCAAAAGUGUUGCACUUUGACCCGCAUGCCGGUGAGACUCCCGUGCACACAGCUGCGUGCCCUGCGUGUUCGAGGUUCGUGUCUGCUCCCAGCCUUUGGAUGUGCAUCCUCUGAUAGGACAGAGAGAGAAUGCUCACAGCGGGUCUUCCAUGGAAGAUGCAGGCGGGGGAAGUGAGUGCUUUCAUUUUAGUCUUUUUCUCCCUGUAAAAAAGAAGUUAAGUUUUAGUGUCAGCUAGAAAAUAACUGCUUUCUGCCACCUGUUGGUGGUUUUUGUUAAAUAUGUUGUUCAUAAAUAUUUAUUUUUGUAAACCUGUAGAAGCGUGUGGUGGCUGUGGGGAGGGCUGGUGGCAGCAGAGGCCGACCACUCAGACAGAGGCCCUGGUAUUCUGUCUCAGAUGGCCUUGUCCUGUGCCUGUGUAGAUUUCUUCUCCAUUGGGAAUGAAGGUGUCAGGCAGGACUGGAACGUUCUAGAUGCUGUGUUCCGUGAUAUUAGCGACACUAACCGGGGACUGGCCGCAGGCCAUGCUGGGAGGCCUCGCUGUGCUGGGGCUUCGUCGACCCGGCGCCCAGGUGUGACCAUAAGCGUGGGUUUCUGCCUCCGCAUUGCUGGGGUGCAGUGAGACUGCCACACGCGUGCACGUGUGGCUCUGUGGGUGUCUGCUGAAGAGGGUGUGGCCCCUGCUGCCGGCCCCUGGAGCAGCCCGUGUGGGGGCCCAGGGGGCCGGCCUCACUGGAGGGAGCACCACCUUCACCCCUGACGCCACGCCGGCCACCAUCGCUUAGUUUUCUUCUUCAUGAACACUUUAUUUUUUUAAUAGAUGAGUCACAUUUUAUAAGGCCUUUAAUUAAAUGAGAUUCUUCUUUCUUUCA